AAAUCGUAGAGUGAAAAUAGAAGAAAAUGCGGGAAAAAAUAACAUGGAAACAUUAAUAUAACCCUAAGUUAAGCAAAAAAUAUUUAUUAAUUAUUUAAUUAAAAUGGAAGAAAAAAAGUUAAUUCCUCCAGAAGAAUUCGAUUUUCCGUUUACUCCGUACGACAUACAGGUGAAAUUCAUGAAAAGUUUAUAUUAUACAUUGGAAAAUGGAAAGCUAGGAAUUUUUGAAAGUCCUACAGGAACGGGUAAAUCUCUGAAUAUUAUUUGUGGAGCAAUACGAUGGUUGAAAGAUCGACAACAUUUUGAGAAAGAAAACUUAACAGAAACGCUUACAAAAUUAAUUAAGGAAAAAGAUAUUUUAUCCAAAGAUACAAAUGACUGGUUAUCUUCGCAAUCGAAGGAAAUUGAAAUGAAUUAUAAAAUAAACGCAUUAAAAUUAAAAGAAUCUAAAAUAAUUGAAUAUGAAAAUAAAAUAAAGCAAAUAAAGAAAUUUAAAGAUACAAAACUUAAUAAACCCAAGUUUUUUAUUAAAAUGAAAAAUAUUGAAAAUGUGGAACAGCUUUUGGAACACGAAGAUAAUAUCGAUGAUGACGAUAUCUUGCCUAAAGAAUCAAUAUCUGAUGAUAAAGAAGGAAUUUCUGAUGAUGAAACUUCUAAUACAUAUGAACCUAUUAAAAUAUAUAUUUGCAGUAGGACACAUUCGCAGCUGGCGCAAUUUGUGGGAGAAAUUGUAAAAACUUCAUUCAAAAGUAAUAUCAGAGUCGUAUCUUUAGCUUCCAGACAAACUUUUUGCAUUAACCCAGAUGUAUCAAAACUAAAAAAUAUGGCUUUAAUAAACGAAAGGUGCUUAGAUCUCCAGAAAAAAACUCCAAAACCGAAAACCGACGCGGACGGUAAAGUAACCAAAAAACUGAAAGUUUCCACUUCGUAUUGUCCAUUUUUUAAACAAUCUGCAAUUGAAGAAUUAAGUAAUUACGCUUUAACAGAAGUUCAAGAUGUUGAGGAUUUAAUAAGUUCCGGAAAAGAAUUAAACGCUUGUCCUUAUUACGGAUCCAGAAAAGCAGCUGAAGAUGCAGAAGUCGUAUUGAUCCCUUACAACACCCUGUUGCACAAAGCUACAAGGGAAGCUAAUGGGAUUAAACUUGAAAAUAAUAUAGUCAUUAUAGAUGAAGCUCACAAUAUUUUAGAAGCGUUAGCGCAAAUGUACAAUUCAGAUUUGAGUUACGCACAAAUUUACCACGCUUCACAUCAGAUGAAGGCUUACAAAAAAAAAUUCAGCACAAGAUUUUCGGCAAAAAAUUUAUUGAUGAUCAAUCAAUUGAUAUUUGUUAUAAAUCAGCUGCUGCAAGCAUUAGAGAAAUGUACAGAAAAUGGGACGAGAAUAUCAACUUUGGAAAACUUCGUGUUAGAGACACACAUCGAUAAUUACAACAUGUUUAAACUGACAAAAUUUUGUAAUGAAUGUCGUUUAGCCCAAAAAAUAAGAAGUUUUGCGAUGAAAUAUCCGGUAGAAGAAGCAGUAAAAGAAAAAAAGGGAAUCGAUGGCGUAAGAGAAUUUCUUGCUACGAUUCAAUCUAAAAAAGCUCCAGACAAAAUUAAAAAACCUGAAGAACCCCCCGAACCUAAAACUGUGGUACCUCCAAUAAGCAAUCCUCUGUUGGCUGUUAUUUCGUUCUUAGAAUGCCUGACGUAUUCGUACGAAGAUGGACGGAUUCUAUUGAGAAAAAGUAAAAAUAAGCUGGAGUGCAAAUUUCAGUUUCUGCUGCUAAAUCCUUCAGCUAAUUUCAGUGAUAUUGUUAAAAAAGCCAGAUCGAUUAUAGUAGCUGGGGGAACUAUGCAGCCUUUUUCCGAAUUCCGCGAUAGAUUAUUCAUAAACGCUGGAGCUGAUCCUGAUAGAAUAUUAGAAUUUUCAUGUGAUCAUAUCGUCCCGCCCGACCAUAUCCUGCCAAUUAUCGUUACUAAAGGACAGAAAAAUGAAAAUUUGUUAUUCAAUUUUGAAAAUCGUAUGUUAAUGGGCAACAGUGUGAAAGGUAUACUUUUAGAAACGUGCCGAUUGGUAAUUGGAGGUAUAGUCGUAUUUUUCCCAUCGUAUAAUUACGAAAAUUGGAUAUGGGGGCAAGUUGAAAAGAUUAAUUUUGGUAGGAAAGUAUUUAGAGAACCCCAAACGUCCGGACAAGUAGAUGCUGUUUUAGAAAAAUAUGCAGAAGCGAUUAAUAGUCCUGGGAGUAAAGGUGCUUUGCUUUUUAGUGUUGUUGGUGGAAAACUCAGCGAAGGUCUAAAUUUCAGCGACGAUCUAGGAAGAUGUGUGAUUGUAGUAGGAUUACCAUAUUCUAAUAUAACCGCUGCUGACUUGAAAGAAAAAAUGAAUUAUUUGGAUAAAAUUGAGGGUCAAGGUGCAGGGCAGAAAUAUUACGAAAAUCAAUGUAUGAAAGCGGUAAAUCAAUGCAUUGGUAGGGCCGUUAGACAUAUAAACGACUACGCUACUGUACUACUAUUGGACGAAAGAUAUAGUCGAGCAACUGUAAAAACUGCGUUGCCAAAUUGGAUUAAAAAAUCAUUGAAAAUAUCUAAUUAUGAAGAAACGUUUAUAGCUGUCAAAAAGUUCUUCGAAGAGAGGAAGAAGAAGGGUUGAAAUGAAAACGCAAAAUCUGGAUUAUUCGUUUAUUUAUUUUCAUCAAUAAGUUCAAUUCUUUUUCUUUUCAUAUAAUGUUCGAUUUUAUCUUCAAGACUAUCGCAAGUUUGUCGUUUUAAUAAUGGUACAUAAUUUUUGGUUUUUAAAUGUUGUACUAGAUGUUCACUUAAACAUUUAGUUUCAACAACUGGUAGUUUUUUCGAAAUCUUUAUAUUUUCAAUAGCUUUUAUCAUAUCUCGAACCAUUUCUUUUCUAAAAUAUAUUACAAAAUUUCAAUAGAUGUUUUUUCUUGUGAAUAUAUCAUGCAAAAAACUCACUUAACAGCAUAAAAAGUCCAGAAAUGAUUCAACUUUUCUGUUAUUUCAUCUAAAAUUUGCGUAUCAUAAUUCCAAUUUAAAUUUUCGUAUUCACAAUAAUGUAAAUUCAACGGUAUCUCACUUCCCAUACUGUAUUCCGGUUUUCUUGAAGAAAAAUUCCAAUUUUAACAGUAAAUAUGCGAUAUAACAAAAAUCGAUAUAAUAUUACCUAGGAUACUUUUCUAUGUUGAAUAAUUCGUCAAUAACUUCAGGUUCUUCAUUUUCUUGUCCCAUCAAAAAUAAAAUACCCAUGAUGCAUCUAAUUUGAUGCCAUAAAAACGCUUUAGCUUUGAUCGUUAUCACAUACAUGGCAUAUACUGAAAAUUUGCAUUUAAGUGAAUAUGAUAUUAAUAAGACAUUUAUUGAGCUGAAUUUUACUACAUUUUGUAACCCCCUCGUAAAAUAUUAUACUUUUCGUUCCCACAUUGUAAUUAAAACUCAACUCAAUGAAUAUCAAAUUAAAUGUUUUCUGUUAA